GCCAAAACGUACAUUAUCAUUCAUUCUUGAAUAGGACUCACUGUUGAUCUCAUAGUUCUCUUAAAAUUUGACCUUCGCACUUCGCAGAAAAUAAUUAGAAGAAGAUCGUGCUGUAUCAAGUCAGCGAUUGCCCUUGUAUUUGUUUCACCCCAUAAUCGAUAAUUUCAUCGAAAUGAAUUCGGCGGUAACAUCGUCCUCAUCUCCCAAGAAGACGACGUUUGCGGAAAAGCAAGUUGAACGUUUGAAAAGGCUGCGCUCAUUACACAAUGCCCGAAACGAAGCGAGGGCGCAUAACCACUACGAGGUCGUCGCCGAAGCAGCGAGGAACAAGUUGCCACCAAAUUAUGAAGCUAAACGGCGCCAGGCUGAAUGGGUACUUGAGGAUCAGAAAAAAAGGGAGGCAGCGGCUAAGCAGGGUAAAAAUUAUGAUCGAGUGAAACUUCUCAACAUAUCUGCAAUUGAAGCUGAAAAAAAGAUAAAACUUAAAAAGAACAAGAAAAACCCCGAUAAAGGGUUCUCAACAUACGAACAAGCAACCGUGCGUCAGUAUAAUAGAUUAGUGAAGAACAUGCCUACGGUGGAUAUGGAGCACUACCAGAGACAAAAAGAGAGAUAUGGUGAUGCUUUCUACGGAGGACCGAAUGUUAUUAUACAUGGCAUGCAAGAAGACCGAAAAGAGGCCGUGGACAGAAUGGUAAUGGAUUUGGAACAGCAAAUUGCAAAGAGAGCGAAGUUCUCACGGAGACGUUUUCACAACGAUGACGCCGACGUUGAUUAUAUUAAUGAACGGAAUGCCAGAUUCAAUAAAAAAUUGGAAAAGUUUUACGGAGCGCACACGGCGGACCUUAAACGGAGUUUGGAGAGAGGUACUGCUAUUUAG